GCACGUGGUGGAGCGUGCGUAGUGAUGCUCUUAGCAGACUGCACGUUAAGAAAAUAGUAUCUGAAGCGGGUGACCAGAAGUGGACUAGAAGGGGUAACAUGUCAUCAAGGCUCGCUAAACGUUUUUAUCGUCCGGAAGGUGUUGAAGAUAGUGUUUUAGAUCGAGGAGCCACCGCCGAAUCGGAAAAUCGAUGGGUAUUUGAAAUUUCUUGGGAAGUCGUUAAUAAAGUUGGUGGUAUCUACACUGUAAUACGUUCAAAAGCAGGUGUAAGUGUCGAAGAACUUGGUGAUCAGUAUUGUCUUUUGGGUCCAUAUAAUGAUGGACUCGUUAAAACUGAAGUUGAGGUUAUGGAACCACCUGAAGCAUUCUAUCAAAAUGCUAUUCAAGCAAUGAAAAAUUCAGGAAUUAAGGUUAUUUAUGGGAGAUGGCUUAUUGAUGGCUAUCCGAAAGUUGUUUUAUUUGAUAUUGGUUCAGCCGCCUGGAAACUAGAUGAGUGGAAAAGAGACUUAUGGAAUGUGGCCAAUAUUGGAGUUCCAUGGCAUGAUCGAGAAUCAAAUGAUGCAAUUAUAUUUGGGUACCUUGUGGCUUGGUUUCUUGAGGAGUUUAAUAAGCAAAUUGAAGAAGAGAGAGGUACUCCAUACAUAGUUGCCCACUUUCAUGAAUGGCUAGCUGGUAUUGGGCUCAUACUUUGUCGAACACGACAUCUAGAUGUAGCCACUGUUUUCACAACACAUGCAACAUUAUUGGGACGUUAUUUAUGUGCUGCAAAUUUAGAUUUUUAUAAUAAUUUAGAUAAGUUUAAUUUAGACAAAGAAGCAGGAGACAGAGGAAUCUAUCAUAGGUAUUGUAUGGAAAGAGCUGCAGCACAUAGUGCCCAUGUUUUUACAACAGUAUCUGAAAUAACCUCCUUAGAAGCUGAACAUUUACUAAAGCGCAAACCGGAUGUAAUUACUCCAAAUGGAUUAAAUGUUAAGAAGUUCAGUGCUAUUCAUGAAUUUCAAAAUCUUCAUGCUCUUGCCAAAGAAAAAAUACAUGAUUUUGUGAGGGGACAUUUUUAUGGGCACUAUGAUUUUGACUUAGAUAAAACAUUAUAUCUUUUCAUUGCUGGUCGAUAUGAAUUUUCAAAUAAAGGUGCAGAUUUAUUCAUUGAAGCUUUAGCUCGACUGAAUCAUUUUCUAAAAACUGCUAAUAGUGAAAUGACUGUCAUGGCAUUUUUGAUUUUUCCUGCCCGUACUAACAAUUUUAACGUGGAUUCGCUCAGAGGUCAAGCAAUAGCGAAACAACUUCGAGAUACAGUUCAUGAUGUUCAGUCUAAAAUUGGAAAGAGGAUGUUUGAGAUAUGUCUUGGUGGGCGUUUGCCAACAAGCGAAGAACUGCUUACUCCUGAAGAUGUCGUAAAGCUCAAGCGCUGCAUCUAUGCAUCACAAAGAACUAGUUUACCCCCUAUCUGUACACAUAAUAUGAUCGAUGAUGCAAAUGAUCCAGUUCUGAGUCAUAUACGCAGAUGUUGUUUAUUCAAUAAUCGAGAAGAUAGAGUAAAGGUUAUAUUUCAUCCUGAAUUUCUGUCUUCUACCAAUCCAUUGUUUAGCAUGGAUUACGAAGAAUUUGUCAGAGGUUGCCACAUAGGUGUAUUUCCUUCUUAUUAUGAACCAUGGGGCUAUACCCCAGCUGAAUGCACAGUGAUGGGCAUACCAAGUAUCACCACUAAUUUGUCAGGAUUCGGAUGUUUCAUAGCAGAGCAUGUAGCUGAUCCUAUGUCAUAUGGCACCUAUAUUGUUGAUAGAAGGUUUAAAAGUCCUGAAGAAUCUGUACAGCAGCUAGCACAGUAUUUGUUUGAUUUUACCUGCCUAUCUCGAAGACAAAGGAUCAUCCAAAGAAACAGAACAGAAAGAUUGAGUGACUUAUUAGAUUGGAAAAAUUUAGGAAUAUAUUAUAGACAAGCUCGACAAAUGGCUCUUCAUAAGACCCAUCCUGAAGUCUUAGAAGAUGAAGCAAUGAAAACCAAAAUGCAGAUGAAAUAUCCAAGACCCAUGUCAGAGCCUCCAUCACCGUUAAGCUCGCGAGCUUCUACUCCUGCACCAUCAGAACAUGGUAGUGAUGAAGAAGAAUUGUCUGAUGAAGAACAUGGCGAACCUGAACUUUGAUCUUAGAAAUUUAAAUUAUUUUAAUUCAAUGCUAAUUCAUUGUCGAUACUCAGUGUAUGAUUGAACCAGAUAUAUAUCUUGAAAAUUUAAUUUUUCUAUUUUAAAAUUACUUUCUUAAAUAAUUUUAGUAGUAGUUUAGCCUCCCAAUUUUAAUUGCAUUAAUCAUUUGAAUAUAUUUGUUGUCAGUCAGUGCUGAAGAAUAAAUCAUACAUUUAACAAAUAAUGACAACGUUUGUGAUAAAUGUUUUGUCAUAUAUCCUAUUUUUGAUAUUUUUACCUAAAGCAAAUGAUAAUAUUGCAAAUGUGUGUUUACUGAUGAUUAAUGUUUCUUAGAUAGAAAUCAGUGAUAUACUUAUUUAUAUAAGGUGGAAAAAAAUAUUUUUCGUUAUAUUUUAAAAGUUUAUUAAUAAGAUUUGUUUACUAUUUCUUUGUAAUAUACUUAAUUGUGAAGAUUCAGUUUUGAUUACAUCACUAAAUUUCAUGUAAAAAACUGUGUGAAAAAUUUAAUAUAUACAUAAAAUUUCAAGUAUGAAUACUCUGUCACUUUCACAGAUGAUAAUAUAUGCUCUGGUUUAAAUGUUUUAAGUAUCGUAAUAAUUUUAUUGAAAUAUAUUGUUUAACUAUCAUAAACAAGUCAGAAUAAUUCAUGCAGUAUUUAUAUCUGAAAAUACUGUUUGAGCAUUUUAACUUAUAUUGCAUGCUGUAUUGAAUUUGCACAGACUAUGAAAAGUUUAUACAAGGAUAUAAAAAAUUCAUAACAUGCAAUUCUGAAUUGUAUCAAGUAUAAAUCAAACUUAAAAUUAUUCUCUUAUCCUGUUUGCACUUCAUUUAAUACUUUGUGUCAGUUAUUUAAAAAAAUAAUUUUGAAUACAAACAAAUCAUGAUGUAAGUAUUGAAAUUCAAAAUUUAUUAUUCAAACUUAUUUGAUUAAAAGUUCAGAUCGUAUUCCUACAUGCCUUCUGUACAAUCUUCCCCUGACUGUGCAAGUGUAAGCUGCCAUUUAAUUUACAGUAGCAGGUACAAAGCAAUCCUACUCUAUUUUGCCAUGCGAUGUCCUUAAGCUAUUAUUCAGUGCCAUAUUUAAAUUUCAUGUUUUCAUUAUAAUUGCACACACUGUAUAAAUACUAGAUUAAACUGUUAUAAAUUUUA